GAGAGAGAGAGAGAGAGAGAGAGAGAGAGAGAGAGAGAAUGGCCGCAAGAGCAUUUUGUGGGUGCAGAGCAAUAACAGAGAAUUCUGCCUCUUUCUCACCCCUUCUCAUCAAAUCCAUGGCCACCCAGAAGCCCAUUCCAACUGCUAAUAGAACUGUUAGCUCCAGGAAGAAUUCAACUGUGUUCCCGCUAGGCGAGGAGGCGCGGAGCAGCCCCUUGACAGGCGGCACACCAGUGAAGUUGCUGACAAGGGUGGAGCAGCUGAAACUGCUGACAAAGGCGGAGAAAGCCGGGCUGUUGUCUGCGGCUGAGAAGUUUGGGUUCUCUCUUUCGACAAUAGAGAGGCUUGGCCUGCUGUCAAAGGCCGAGGAAUUCGGGGUGCUAUCAGCAGCCACAGACCCGGGAACUCCAGGGGCAUUGUUGACAUUGAGCUUAGUUUUGUUGGUUUUGGGACCUUCUUUUGUUUACUUUGUGCCUGAGGACUACCCUUGGGAGAUAGCCCUCCAAGCUGUUGUUGCUUUGGUCUCUGUGGCUGGGGGUUCUGCAGCUUUUGCCGCUUCAAAUCUUGUAUCAAACUUGCAGAAAUCAAAUUGAAAAUUCCGUAAA